CGACAACUCGAGAACCCCAAUCUGCUCUUCUUUCUUCUUUUUUCCAUCUGCUAUACCGGCAUCUGCAGCGAAAUCAAGUAGAACGACUCCAAUAGCUGGUUUUCCAUAUCGUUCACAGCAUAUCACGAUAUUACGCAACUUGUCACAAAUCAGCAUGGCUGAGCUAGGUGUCGACACGCUGCGUCCGUCAUCGCGGUUAUUCAAAUCACGGCUGAGGUUGGCAAGCAAUUGACACAGUACGGUAAAGCCGUUAAGAACGCAGCCAAAGAUAUUGAAAGUAUCCAGAAUCGCUUAGCCAGCAUCGAAACUAUUCUUCACAGGCUCGACGAUCUAGCAAAGCGAGUAGAGAAAUCGGGCCUUCCGUUGGAAACAUGGCCGACUCUGGUCCCCCUUGGUUCAUCAAAUGGACCCCUGAAGGAAACUGAGAAAUCUAUGAUGGCGCUCCGUGAGAAACUCAUUCCCAUGGAGGGGAUCAAGAAAUCCCUUGCUGAAAGGAUAAAGUGGCCGUUGAAGAAGACGAAGGUAGAAGUAUAUCUUGGGAAUAUUGAACAUCAGAAACGAAUCUUUAUGGAGUUUUUGAAAGUCGAAAACAUGUGAGUUGUUUGCGUAUUCGAGGACUUCUUCUCUAAUGCUUGGCAAUAGUUCUCAAUCUGUGGAUACUGGACUUGCAAUUUCUAGGCUUGAAAAUUCCGACAAGGGUGAGACAAGUUGACUACAAAAUAGAAGUAUACUUACGUUUCCAAGAUUCUAGAUUCGAAAAAGUCAUGACCUGGUUAUCUGAUACCGAUCCAAGUACAAAUCACAACGCUGCGAGAAAGAAACAUAAAGAUCGGACUGGAAUUUGGUUCACUCAAGGAAAGAAAUACCAAAGCUGGCAAGAAGAGCCGAACUCUUUCCUCUGGCUACACGGAAUUUCAGGCUCGGGGAAGACGAUUCUCUGGUACGUUUCUUCCUAUCGUCCUGUCAACUACAGUACUAAUUUGAGUAGCUCCGAAAUAAUUGAGCAGACACUUGAUUUUUGUGAAUCUCGACCCGCUUUUCACCUUCUUUAUUUUUAUUUUUCUUUCCAAGACACAAACAAGCAAAAAACAACUAUAUUCUUGCGAACAAUAAUCAAACAGCUAGUCGAUCAAAUAGGCUCACUUCCCGGACCUGUUUUGAAUCUUUAUGAAAGUUACAAGUUUAGUCAGCCGCCCAUUGAAAGGCUUCUAUCCGUGCUUCAUGCUUUGCUUGAGCUUCCAAUAUCAACAGAAGUCUUUCUUGUCCUAGAUGCAUUAGAUGAAUUCCCUAAUGACAAGGCAGAAAGAGAUCAAGUUUGCGAGACCCUGAUUCAGAUCAAAGAAUGGGGUUUGCAAAAAUUACAUACAAUAAUAACAAGUCGACCAGAAGACGAUUUGAAAAAAUCAAUGACUCCUUUGACAACAUCACCACCUAUUUCAAUUGAAGACUCCGUCGUCAAAUCUGAUAUCCAGAAGUUCGUCAAAGCUAGCCUUGCGCAGUCAAAAUUAAAACAAUGGCCUGUCGAUGUUCGAGACGAAAUCGAAGACACUCUGGUCAACGGAGCUGAUGGAAUGUACGAAAAUCUCUUCCAGUAUCUGCCCAUUUGAUCAUAGAGAGUGGCUCUAACCUUACAUAGGUUCCGAUGGGUUGACUGUCAACUGGUUUCGCUGUCAAAGUGUCUGACUCGGAAUGAUAUCAAAAAGGCACUUAAAUCGUUGCCCAAAACCUUGGAUGAGACCUAUGAGAGAAUCCUCACGUCCGUUGAUGAAGAGCAUCGACCUAAACUUGUUCUUGCUUUGAAAUGGAUUUCUGGCGCAGAAAGACCACUUAAAAUCAACGAAUUAGCGGAGGCAAUUGUCAUUGAUCCUAUGGAGUACCCACCUUUUCAAGUGGAGAAUCGUUUGCCCGAUCCAAAUUGGAUUGUUCCGAUACUUUCCAGUCUAGUUGUAUUGUCUGCUAGACCAGCCUCUUUCAAUUGGGGAGAGCAAUGCUGGGAUCCUCCUGCCACCCUCUUGAAUUUCGCACAUUUCUCUGUGGUAGAAUACUUGACUUCCGACCGCAUACUCCACAGUCCAGCUUCAAUGUUCCAUAUGAAUAAUUUUGCUAUUGACGAAGCUUGUACAAAAGGAUCGCUUCAGUACCUACACUCGUGUUUCGACUCGGGAAAGAUAACAUGGUCACACUCAGACCUGAGUGAAUUUCCUCUUCUAAACUACGCAAGCGAAUUCUGGUACAUCCAUGCCUCAUCUUUUCAAGGCCUGGAAACUUCAGAGGUAAACAAAUUGACUCUCGAAUUUUUAUUGUCUGAGAAAAACCGAAAAUCUUGGUUGUGGUUUCACAAUCCACAAAAGAUGUGGAUUAUCAUAAACAGUAUGGAGUUGAAUUGGUGGGAUCCUCUGUACGUAUCACUUGACGACGUACAUAAUUAUACACCGUUAUACCUUGCAGCGAUACUUGGUUUGACAAGCUCGCUGAAGACGCUCAUCAAUCAGGGAUUCGAUAUCGAUCAAGAAGGUGGAUUUUAUGGAACUGCACUCCAGGGAGCUGUUUCUUCCAAAAAGCACCGCUCAGUGGACAUGUUACUUGACGCUGGUGCCGAUGCGAAUAGAAUGGGUUUCGACGGUACUGCCAAUAAUAUCGCAGCAGAUCGUGCAGAUUCAUAUACCAUAAAGCGGCUGCUCGAAACAGGAGUUGAUUUAGACGUGAAGAGUAGCAGUGGGGAAACUCCACUUGAAAGAGUGUCGAACCACGCUAACGUGGAUACGGAUAUAAUAAGGUUGCUACGUGGCGCAGAGCUAACAUUAAUUCAUUUAUGAAUGGGGGUAAGACCGCUCUCUGGAUGGCCUGUAGAGCUGGCCCUACCGAAGAUGUAAAGCGACUGCUAGAGCUGGGCGCAGAUGCAAAUCUGCCAACAAAUGAGAAUGGAAAGUCACAUCCCCUUGAGGCUGCAGUAUAUUCGGGCAAAGUGAAAACUCUGAACAUGCUCUUUGAGGCUGGGGCUGUCAAUGACGUCCGGGGAGCUUCUGGGUACACUCCUCUCGAAAGAGUUGUUGAGAGACUCAUUUUUACCGACCCAUCGAAUCAAAAAGAGAUCGAGGAAAUCCAAGAGAGGAGACUUAUGGCAAAAUGUUUACUUGAUUAA